AUGAAUUCGAAGAUAGCAAGUAUCCACAUCCUAGGCCUUUUGGCUUUGGCUGUACUUAUCUCCUCAGAAGUGUCCGCUAGAGUCUUCACUGAGACUUCCUCUAAUACCAAAAUGGAUGGUGGCUACCCCGGUAAUCCUCAUGUACUUGGUGGUAUAGUUGGUCGUGCUGCAGUUGGUGGUAUAGUUGGUCGUGGUAUAGUUGGUCGUGCUGCAGUUGACGGCACUCGGAACUAA